AUGCUGAACAGCUUAUUAAGUGGAAACGGGCGUCACAAUUGGGUCUUCGUCAUAGAAAGCACCAAUCUAACGAAUUUCCUCGACCUACGACCGUGGAUCACAAUGAUGAAAACUCGCUCAAAGCGCAACAGUUUCGUCAUGACGUGGGAAAAAUUAAGCCAAAGUAAUGCUUUACCAACUUCUUACAACAACAUGGUCCUAGACGUGGAGAAUCAACGAUGGAUACCCAACGACAAAGAGAAUGACAUGGGUGGAAGCUUGGACUCGAUUGAAGAUCUCGAAACCAUGAAUGAGAGAGAAAAUAGUAUAUUGAAACCUACUGAUGGCAACAGAGUUUUGAAAGCGAAGAACCACAAACAAGAAGUUUCCUUUCACUUGCCCCAUGAGAGCGAGACAUCGACACCUAAACGACGUUCGCCGAUGCCUGGAGAUGUAACUCAAGUAUCCCAGCUAGACGAUGUGACAUUCACGCAAACGCAUAAAAAGCUAGUUUCCUUGUUAACUGAAACAAUUCCUGAAUCGCUGUGGGGCAAGGUUACUGAUGUAAACUUGUCGGCUCUUCAACUUGACUCAGUCGAGGGCCUUGCCGACUUCUUACCCAACUUGGUAUCAGCAAACAUUGCAGACAACAAUAUCAAAUUCUUGGCGGGUAUUCCCGAAAGCAUUUUACUGUUGAAUGCAUCCAAGAAUGAUUUGAGAAACGUCACAUCUUUUCAGAAUUUUCAAGCUUUACAACAGUUGCUGUUGGCGGAUAACAAUUUGAGUCUGGUAGAAAAUUUGCGUCACAAUGUUCAUUUGAAUCGGUUGCUGUUAGCCAAUAACCAGAUAUCAUCUCUCAAUGGUUUAGAAGGUUUGAGAAACCUCAUUUAUUUGGAUCUUUCCCGAAACCUGUUAUCUGGCGAAAUAGAUUUUUCAAAUUUCGACUUACCAAAUGUCCAAGAGAUUAAUUUGUCCGAUAAUCGCAUCACGUCUAUUGUGGGUAUUGAGCGUUUGCACUCGUUGAGAAUCCUCAAUGUUAAUGAUAACAGUAUUUCCAGAAUGAGUUGUGAAGGAGUACAUCCACUCAUGAAAAGUUGCUCGUGA